AUGGUGACAGCACGACGACGCAGGGGGGCGUUAGCCCUGCCUCUGCUGGAAAAUCGUCUAGACUCCAAUGCCUCCACUGCAGGUCCGUUUACUCUAAACAAGACAGACCCGAAAGUAUCUGUGAGCGCAGCUCACGUGGAUCGCGUGGGCCUCCAUGUAUCCCUUACGAUACCUCUGGAGUCGUCCGUGACGCCUCGGGCCGCAACGAACCACAAAUCUAGACCAGCUCGGAAGGAAACACGCGAACUAUGGAUGCCCUCGAGCCCGCUUGCCCUCCUUCCUAAUGGAACGGACAAACAAAAAGACACAUUAGUCGAACCAAAUGCCGGCAAGUCCACAGACUCGGCUAGCCAACGAGUAUCAACAUCCACAAGCAAGCAAGCAACCCCAGGCUCGGUUAGAAAGAACGGGAUCGCCCGUACUCGUCGUACUCCCUCAGCUGCUGCAAGAGCAGAACCUACCCUAGGUGAAAUAAACACCUCAUUGCGGCAUUCUGAGUCCUCUGACAUACUUAAUAGCCCUGAUGGCGCGCUUAGGACGCCAAAAAAUAACCUGCACACGUUCGACAACCCCGAAGUCGAUGCUCAAUACUCGCCCUCUGCGCCCCCUCCAGGCCACAACAAACGUAGUAAAAAGCUGCAGUAUUCUCCCGUUGCAAUACCUUCAGCAAUGCGGCCACCAGAGAGCAUAGACGCCCGACGAGGGCGUCAGCGUUUGCCCCUUUCUGGUCAGCCUAGCCCCCACCAUGUAAUACUUAGUCGCUCGAUGGUGCCUAAAUCAAGCAAACGGACAUGUUCUGGAAGGCUACAUCUCUCAACAGUAACUAAAUGUGCACGGCGGAAUUCAUUAAGAGCUGUCUUCUCUCCCGCCAACACGGCGCCAACGCCCACGAACACCAGCCCAUCUUUCUGUUUCCUCAGAGCAUCGAUGGACUGUUUUACCUUAAAGAAGGUUCUGUGGGCUUACCGCAUCAUAUUUGCAAGAGUCAUCUCCGCAUUUCGCACUACCAGAACAUCUGGAGCCGCAAGACGUGCAGAAUAUGCACUUCUAGGGGCCAGUUUGGUGGCGUUACUCUUUUGGACGGACCUGACUCCACUGCCUGCAACCUUAUGGGCAGGCCUGCAUCGUUGCAACUCAGCUGCAGCUACUUCUCACUACGAUUGGCAAAGAGCCACUGGCGCGUUUUUUCUUGCUGAUUCACCAGAGCUUCAGCGCGAAUGUUCGAUUGUGGGCAACUUCUGCGCUGGUGGAGAUGAAAUACUGUGUGGAUUCCCCGUUGAUUCGUCCUCUAAUGGCUGCGUCGCGUUGGGGCAGGACGUUGCAGCAAAAAGUAAAGGGGGAUCAAUUGACUACGCGCAAACAUCUGGAACUGUUUCUCACGGUGCCCUCGUGGUAUCGCAGCUGCUCCACAGCGUGGCUUCAUUCGCAAUGCCCAAACUCGGGCAUGCAGCUAUGGUGAAAUCGCCUCCCCUUAAUACGGUUUCGGAAGGAGGAGUCACGAAGCUUCUCCAGAGCUACUAUCCCCUUUAUAAUCACACCAACGAUCCAGGUUGUCUCGUUGCAGACAACGAUGCGACGUAUGUAAUCCAAGAUAAGCACGGUCAAAUAACCAUUGCCCUCGCUCGCCAGUCUCUCAUCUUUGCAGUUGCGAUGGAAGCACCUACAACAACGGAUCCUGACGGACGAUGCGAAUCCGUAGAAAUGCGGUGGUUUUCCGUUUACGUACAAUUAGAAGGACAGGAAAAGACUGCAUGUCGAGUGCCUUCCCCCAGAGGCGACGGCUUGGAGAAGGGGCAUGCUGGAAACGAGGAGUGGUGUCGAGUUGGGCGUUUCGAAUACCGCUGCCAAAAACAAUCGGCCCUACAAGUUUUUUGUUUAGAUAACCCACCUGGACCACCUAGACAGCCCCCACCGUGGGCUUCUAGAAGGAGUACAGCCUGUAGGAAUGGAAAAGCCUGGCAGACACGACGAGUGCGAAUUGUAUUGAACGAAAACUGGGGAGCCAGCGCGACUCGCCUUCGUCGGCUGAGAGUGCUUGCAUUCCCGUAA